GGGGUUGAUAGACUUCCUUGAAAGAAGUGUGACUAGCCCAAGGUCACCCAGCAGCUGCAUCUGGAGGAGUGGAGACGCGAACCCGGUUCACCAGAUUACAAGUCCAACGCUCUUAACCACUACACCACACUGGCUCUCAUAGAAAUUAAAAUGUGGGAAAUGUGGGAUAUACUUCAUUGAAUGAGCACAUAUAGUUCACAUCAAUGACCUCCAAUGGGAUAAACCAUUUAAAGCUAUGGGGAGUGGAAAAAAUUUCACUGAUAGUGGAAAACUUGGAACACAUCAAUGGACUCACAUGGGCAAAAAACAAUUUAAAUGCAAGGAGUGCGGGAAGAACUUCAGUCAGAAUGGACACCUUUAUAUACAUCAACAGACUCACACAGGGGAGAAACCAUUUAAAUGCAUGGAGUGUGGGAAGAGCUUCAGUCAGAAUGGAGACCUUAAAUUACACCAACGGACUCACACCGGUGAAAAACCAUUUAAAUGCAUGGAGUGUGGGAAGUGCUUCAGUAAGAGUGGAAACCUCAAUAUACAUCAACGGACUCACACAGGGGAGAAACCAUUUAAAUGCCUGGAGUGCGGAAAGAGCUUUAGUGAGAAUGGAAAACUUAGAAGACAUCAACAGACUCACACGGGAGAAAAACCAUUUAAAUGUAUGGAGUGUGGAAAGAGUUUUAGUGAGAAUACAAGCCUUAGAAUUCACCAACGGACUCACACAGGGGAGAAACCAUUUAAAUGCAUGGAGUGUGGAAAGAGCUUCAGUAAGAGUGGACACCUCAAUAUACAUCACCGGACUCACACAGCGCAGAAACCAUUUAAAUGCAUGGAGUGCGGAAAGAGCUUUAGUUUGAAUGCAACCCUUAGAAGACAUCAACACUCACACAGGGGAGAAACCUUUUAAAUGCAUUCAGUGUGGAAAGAGCUUCAGGCAGAAUGGACACCUUAGAAAACAUCAGCAGACACACAGGGGAGAAACUGUUUAAAUGUAUGGCGUGUGGUAGGUGCUGCAGUCAGAGCGGAACCCUUGAUUUUCGUCAACAAACUCACACAAAAGACAAACCAUAUAAAUGUCAGGAAAGUAGGUAGAGGUUCAGUCCUAGUGGAAGUCCUACAUCCACAGACUUAUGGACAGGAAGAGCUUUAAUAGUUGAAACCCUACAAACCAGCAACAACUCAGAGGAGCAGCAGUUUAAAUGGAAAGAUUGCAGAAAGUGCUUUACUUAUAACAGAGUGUUUAUGAAACAUGUUUGGACUCUCAGAGGCGAGAACUCAGAUGUAUGGAGUGUGGGAUGUCUUCCUCUCAGAGUCCACUCUUUUCUUCCCAGCAAUGAACUCAGCAGGAAAUCAGUCUUAAAUACAUGGCGUGUAUGUGAACUUUUAUUUUACACCAUGAAGGAAGGACUAUCAAAGGGGAGAGAUUUGACUCAAGGCAGCCAACACCCCUGCAGCUCCAGCGAGACCUACCCAGUUGGCAUGCCAACCUUGAUGGUCCUAGACAGAAGAUCAUUGCCCUCACAAAGGACCUGCAUAUGGGAGUGGAUUCAGCAUGGACUGAAACAAAGGACAGUGAUCAGCUCUUCCUUCUGGAGACAGGAAACUGCAAAUUCCCCUUUGUCUUCCGGAAAGUACUCAUGGGGGAGGAGGAACCAGCCAAGUGACAAGACAUUCAGGUUACCACCACAACUCCUCCCUAAACCCCUCCUUUUUGUGAUGUGUCAAUGAUGUAGUCAUGAUGUAGUCAUGAUGUAGGGAUGUAGCAUGGGGGAUUAGUAGCUAAUAAAAGUUGGGGUCUCCUUUUGUUCAGGGCUUCCAUCUUCUUCCACCUGGUAGCAGGUGGGAGUCCUGUCGCGACAGUCUUCAAUAAAGACCAAGCCUACUGGCUGCUGUUUUGCUCUGGUA